AUGUCUUUCGGAUUCGGAGGAUUUGGUCAAAACAACCAGAGCUCCGGAUUUGGAGCUGGCUCUGGCUUCGGUGGGACAAGUUCUGGAGGAGGAUUCGGAACGGGCACGCAGAAUCAGUCAAACUCGCUUUUUGGUAGCCAAAACCGGACUGCCGGCUUUGGGGCCGGGACUUCAACCGGUGGAAGUCUCUUCGGAGGCAGUGCAGGAGGUACAACAGCAACAACUACCGGCGGUGGUUUUGGUGGUUUCGGUUCGACCGGAAACACUGGAGGCUUCGGAAGCUCCAAUAACACCGCCGGUGGAGGCCUCUUUGGUAACAAGGCUGGCACCGGCACCGGCACUGCCACUGCCACUGGCAGUGCCACCGGCUUUGGUAGUUCAACUGGUACAACAGGUGGCUUUGGCGCAAGUGGCGGCUUUGGAAGCGGCAGUACUGGCUUUGGUAGUGGAAGUGGAACUGCGUUCCAGCAGGCCGUUCCUCCAUCAGAUGGUACUGGUAGCACGCCAUUCAGCCUUUCACCGAAAAGGAUGGCAACUCGAAUAUAA